UUAAAAAAUAUAAUUAUGAGUUUGAAGAACAGAAUUCUUGAAUAUUUUAUGAAUUUAACACAACAAAAUAUUUCUGGAAUAAAUAGUGCAUUUGAGGUAAUGUCUGCUAAGUCCUCGGAAAUGCCGGAUACCACUGAAGAUUUAGUUGAACUAAGUAAUUAUAUAACACUAUGUCGAGAAUCCACUUUAUCAAAAAUGAAAGCUCAACUGAGAACUGUCGGAGAUUACAUAAUGUUUCUUUUUGAAUAUACGGAAUUUAACAUUGAUGAUAUACAUUUGCAAUCGCGAGUAUUUCGAUGGCCUCAAGAGAUUGAACAGUUUUUAGAUUUAGCUACAAGUAGAGUUAUUCAAAAGAAAGGAGUAGUCGAAGGCCAGUUGAAAUCUAAAAAAACAGAAUUUGAAAUUGAUCUUAAAAAUCAUUUCAAAUUGUUGGAAAAUUUAAAAAAAAAAGACCCACCAAUAUUAACUAAUGACGAAAUAAUAGCAGCCACCGAAGAAGUUGAACGUCUUACCAAUUUCCUUAAAGAGGAUAUUGCUGCUGCAAACAGCAUAAAUCACACUGAAAAACUUUUGGAUGUAGAGGUUACACCAUAUACUCAACUUCAUUCAAUGGUUGCGGCUAGUGAGCAAUUUGACCAUUUGUGGCACAUUGUUCAUGAUUUUCAGAAUUACUAUGAAAUAUGGUUUAAUGGGCCAUUUCAUGAACUAAAUGCUAAGGAAAUAAAAGAAAUGGUGGAUGAUAUGUGGAAAAACCUUUAUAAAUUAGCUAGAACUCUUCAAGACUAUCCUGGAUCAAAAAGAGUAGCAGAAAUUGUACGUGGUAAAGUAGAUAAUUUUAAAAAGUAUUUGCCCGUGUUGGAAACAAUUUGUAAUCCAGGUAUUCACGAUAGACAUUGGACAGAGAUUAGCAAAAGCGUUGGUGUAGACUUACAUCCUAAUGAUUCAUCAACUUUAUCUCAAAUGAUUGAAAUUGGUUUAUUGAAUUAUAUUGAAAAACUUGAAGAAAUUAGUGUUAUUGCAUCUAGAGAAUAUUCUCUUGAACAAAAUCUUCGAAAAAUGAAAGAAGAAUGGUUAACUAUUGAGUUUGAAUGUAACCCAUAUCGAGAUAGCGGUGUUAGUAUAUUAACGGCGUUAGAUGACAUUCAAGUUAUGUUAGAUGAUCAUAUACUGAAAGCUCAAACGAUGCAUGGAUCAGUUUAUAUAAAACCUUUUGAAGAAGAAAUGGAUACAUGGGAAAAAAAAUUAAUUUUGAUGCAAGAAAUUUUAGAUUUAUGGAUUUCUGUGCAAGGGAUUUGGAUGUAUUUAGGUCCAAUAUUUAGUUCAGAAGAUAUAAAUCGCCAGAUGCCCGAAGAAGCUAGAAACUUUAGAGCUGUAGAUGCAAUUUGGCGUCAAAUUAUGAUUAAUACUGUUAAAAAUCGUAAAGUUCUCGAAGCUACAAAUUAUCCAAAUAUGUUACAGUUGCUAAAAAAGUGCAGUGUUAUGUUUGAACAGAUACAGAAAGGCUUGAACGAGUAUUUGGAAAAAAAACGUCUUUUUUUUCCACGAUUUUUCUUUUUAUCAAACGACGAACUUCUUGAAAUCUUGUCUGAAACUAAAGACCCACUACGGGUACAACCACAUCUUAAAAAAUGUUUCGAAGGCAUAGAUAAAUUAAACUUUACAAAAAGCAUAGAAAUUGUGGGAAUGAUAUCAGCUGACGGCGAAGUAGUAGCCUUUAAUGGAAUAAUUUAUCCUGCUGACGCUAAGGGUUUGGUGGAAAAAUGGUUAAUUCAGGUUGAAAUUUUAAUGAUGCAGUCAAUAAGUGAAAUUAUUAACAAUGCAGUAAAAGAAUACGCAAAUAUUAAACGUAACGAAUGGGUACUUAAGUGGCCGGGCAUGGUAGUUCUAUGUGCUGCAACUAUAAAUUGGACUGCUGAAGUAGAAACCGCUGUAGAAAAAAAAUUGCUUCCUGCCUAUAUACAGAAAAUUAAUAAGCAAAUAGAAAAUUUAGUGAAUUUAGUGUGUGGCGUAUUAAGUAAAGGUGAAAGAGCGACGGUAUGUGCUUUGAUAGUUAUAGACGUUCACGCUCGCGAUGUUGUUAAAAAUCUUACAACACUUGAAAUAAGUAAUACUCGAGAUUUCAAUUGGAUUAGUCAACUUAGGUAUUAUAACAAGGACUCUAAAACUACUGUGUCGAUGAUAACCACUACUUUAGACUAUGGGAAUGAAUAUUUAGGGAAUACACCAAGAUUAGUAAUUACUCCGCUGACAGAUCGAUGUUACAGAACACUUAUGGGCGCAUUAAAAUUACACCUCGGCGGUGCUCAAGAAGGUCCAGCUGGUACUGGGAAAACCGAAACUACAAAAGACUUAGCCAAAGCAAUAGCCAAGCAAUGUAUCGUAUUUAAUUGUUCUAAAGGACUUGAUUUUAAAGCUAUGGGCAAAAUUUUUAUGGGAUUAGCACAAUCUGGAGCAUGGGCUUGUUUUGACGAAUUCAAUAGAAUUGAACUUGAAGUAUUGUCGGUUAUUGUUCAGCAAGUGUAUACUAUACAGAUGUCGGUAAAAGCUAAAAAGGAAAAGUUUAUAUUUGAAGGCAUCGAGUUGACAUUAAAUCCUACCUGUGCUAUUUUUAUAACUAUGAACCCAGGGUAUGCUGGAAGGCAUGAACUACCCGAUAACUUGAAAGUAUUAUUCCGUACAGUAGCUAUGAUGGUACCAGAUUAUACUAUGAUUGGAGAAAUAUCAUUAUAUUCUAUGGGUUUUAGUGAUGCCAAAAGUUUGGCUGAAAAAAUUAUAGAUAUAUAUAAGUUGUGUUCAGAACAAUUGUCAUCUCAAUCACAUUAUGAUUACGGGAUGAGGGCAGUAAAAUCAGUAUUAACAUCUGUAGAAAAUUUAAAAUUAAUGUAUCCCGAUAAAAAUGGAGAGGAAAUUAUAUUAAGAGCUAUAUACGAUGUUAAUAUGCCAAAAUUUUCAUCAGAGGAUAUACCACUUUUUAUUGAUAUAUGUGGAGAUUUGUUCCCCGGUGUUAAAAUAUUAAUGCUAGAAAGAGAAGAACUUAUAAAUAAAAUAAACAUUAACUUAAGAAAAAAGAAUUUACAAUGUACUCAAUGGUUCAUUGACAAAAUAUUACAAGUAUACGAAAUGCUGUUAGUCAGACACGGGCUUAUGAUUGUUGGUGAACCAUUAUCUGGAAAAACUUGUGCCUAUCAGAUUUUGGCAGAAUCGUUAAAUGAUUUACAACUCGACUGCAAAGCAAUAUUGAAAGAAUUUAAAACCACGUGUAAAAUUAUCAAUCCUAAAGCAAUUACAAUUGGUCAAUUGUAUGGAUCAUUUGAUGUAGUUUCGCACGAAUGGCAUGAUGGAGUCAUGGCAAUCGUGUUUCGAGAAUUUGCAAAUAGUGUAUCGAAUGAUCGUAAAUGGAUUGUAUUUGAUGGACCUGUUGAUGCAGUAUGGAUAGAAAAUAUGAAUACGGUUUUGGACGAUAACAAAAAGCUUUGUUUAAUGUCUGGAGAAAUUAUUCAGAUGAAUAAUAAAAUGAACAUGCUAUUUGAACCUGCUGAUCUAAAACAAGCUUCACCUGCCACGGUAUCACGCUGUGGUAUGAUUUACAUGGAACCAAAGCAGCUUAGUUGGAGAUCUUUUUGGCUUUCGUACCAACAGACUAUUUUUUCAAAACUUCUACCGGACCAACAAAUAAUGGUGAAUGAUUUAAUCGAAUGGUUGGUACCUGCCAUAUUUGUUUUUGUACAAAACCACUGUAGUUUAUUUUUAGCUACUUCUGAAAAUCAUAUGUUUAACUCUUUUACAAAGUUAAUGGAUUGCUUAAUUAAAGAAGAAACUGGAGUUGGAUUUUCAACCAUAUGGUUGGGAUGUAUAAUAAUUUUUAGUUUGAUCUGGAGUCUUGGUUCUUUAAUAAACGGUGAUAGUCGAAAUAAAUUUGACACAUUUUUACGGAAACUUCUACUUGGAAAUAAUGAUCAAUAUCAGAAACCAAUUACUUUUAAGUUGACAAAAACCCACCUUUUUCCAGAAAUAGGUACAGUUUAUGACUAUCUGUAUGAUAAAAAAAAUAAUGGCUGUUGGGUCUUAUGGUCUGAAAAAAUAGAUUUUAAAAGGAUCUCACCAGAUGCAAGGAUAAAUGAUUUGAUCAUUGAAACUGAGAAAACAGCUAAGCAGCAUUACUUUCUUCAAAUAUUAUUAAAAAACGAAAUUCCUUUACUGUUUGUUGGACCUACUGGUACUGGAAAAUCAGUUAUUGUAUUAGACUACUUAAAACAUUUGCCGAAAGAAAAAUAUUUAGCAAAUAUUUUAAACUUCUCAGCACAAACUGUAGCUAACACAGUGCAAGAUAUCAUCAUUUCUAAAUUGGACAAGCGAAGAAGAGGAGUUUUUGGGCCGUCUGUUGGUAAAAAAUGUAUGUUGUUUGUAGAUGAUUUAAGUAUGCCAUUACCUGAAAAAUAUGGUGCUCAACCACCAAUAGAAUUGUUAAGACAGUGGAUUGAUCAUGGUCAUUGGUAUGAUCUUCAAACUAAGUCAAGAAUAGAUAUGCUUGAUAUGUUAUUUAUUGGUGUACUUCAACCUCCUGGUGGGGGUUCAAAUCAAAUUACCGCUCGUUUUACUAGACAUAUGAAUGCAAUUGGUAUUAAUUCAUUCAAUCGAGAAACUAUGUCUAAAAUAUUUUCUCAAAUUAUUAAAUGGCAUUUUGAAAAAGGAUUUUCUGAAUCUAUCAUAUUACAAGGAAAUAAUGUUGUAGAAGCAAUACUAUUUGUAUACAAAGAAGCAUGCUCAACGUUCUUACCAACCCCUGCUAAAAUUCACUAUACUUUCAACCUACGAGAUUUUACCAGAGUUAUAAAAGGAAUAUUAUUGUUGACAGCAUCACAGUGUAAAACUCUAGAAAAAAUAUUCCGACUGUGGGUUCAUGAGACAUGGCGUGUAUUUGGUGACAGAUUAGUCUAUGACGACGACAGGAAUAAAUUAUUUGAAAUAAUGAAAACAGCUUCUUAUAGUUGUUUGAGACAAUCGAUGGACGUUUAUCUAAGUGAUUUAAUGCCAGUCGAAGAGAGCUCUUUAAAUACUGAUCAUUUACGAAACCUAUUUUAUGGCAACUACAUGGAUCCAGAUAGUAAUAAUAAAAUUUAUGACGAAGUUCAUAGUGAAAAACAACUAAUUCAACGAAUGGAUUAUUAUUUGAACGAAUACAAUACUAUGUCUAAAAAUCCAUUAGCAAUGGUUAUGUUUAAGUUUGCGAUUGAACAUGUGUCUCGUAUAAGUAGAGUCUUACAACAAAACAACGGUCAUUUGUUAUUAGUUGGAAUAGGUGGCAGUGGAAGACAAUCAGCUACAAAGUUGGCCACAUUUAUUUCCAAUUAUAAAAUAUUUCAAAUUGAAAUAAAAAGAAAUUAUGGCAAAAAUGAAUGGAAUGAUGAUAUGAAAAAAAUAUUAAGAUACGCUGGAUGCGAAGGAAAUCCAAUUACUUUUUUUUUAUCUGACAAUCAAAUUACAGAUGAAAGUUUUGUAGAAGAUAUAAAUAUGUUACUUAAUACUGGAGAUAUACCAAAUCUUUAUCAAUCUGAUGAACGAGUUGAUAUUUUAGAUAAAGUAUCCAAUAUUGCUCAAAGCCUUGGGAAAAAUGUAGAAACAACACCACUAGCACUAUACAAUUAUUUUAUAGAAAGAGUCAAAGAAAACCUUCAUCUUACUUUUGCUAUGUCACCAAUUGGUGAUAUAUUUAGAAACCGCUUGAGAAUGUUUCCUUCGUUCAUUAACUGCUGUACGAUUGACUGGUUUACUGUUUGGCCUGAAGACGCUCUUGAAAAAGUUGCGGAAUAUUAUUUAAAAGAUAUGUAUAUUCACAGUGACAUUGCAUCAUCUUGUGUAAUAGUUUGUAAAGAAUUUCAUUCGACAGCUAGAGAUGCUUCUUCCAGGUUUUAUUCAGCGUUAAAGAGGCAUAACUAUGUUACACCAACUUCUUAUUUAGAGUUAACCAAAACAUUUCAAAAUCUACAUAAAAAGAAAGUAGAUCAAAUUACAACUUUACGUAAUAGAUAUGAAACUGGUUUAAAAAAAUUAGACUUUGCUGCUGGCCAAGUAUCUGUUAUGCAGGAUCAAUUAACAGCUUUAAGGCCAAAACUUGUAGAAACUUCGUUGGCUACUGAAGCUCUAAUGGUUAAAAUUGAACAAGAUACAGUAAAAGUCGAAGCCAAAAAAGAAAUAGUGGGUGCUGAUGAAGCUCUUGCAAAUGAUGCUGCCGCAGCAUCACAGGCUAUCAAAGAUGAUUGUGAAAGUGAUUUAGCUGAAGCCAUACCGGCUCUUGAAGCAGCAGUUUCAGCUCUAAAUACUCUUAAACCUGCUGAUAUUACCGUAGUUAAAUCUAUGAAAAAUCCACCAUAUGGUGUUAAAUUGGUCCUAGAAGCAGUUUGUGUCAUGAAAGGAAUCAAAUCUGAACGUAAACCAGAUCCAAGUGGCUCUGGUCGAAUGAUUGAAGAUUUUUGGGGACCUUCGCAGAAGCUUAUUUCAGAUACUAAAUUUUUAGAAAGUUUAAUAACAUAUGACAAAGAUAAUAUAGAUCCUGCAAUUAUGAAACAUAUAAGAGAAAAGUAUAUUAAUGAUCCAGACUUCAAUCCGAUUAGUAUCAAAUCAGUUUCUAAUGCAUGUGAAGGCCUUUGUAAAUGGAUCCGAGCGUUGGAUGUUUAUGAUAAAGUAAUUAAAAUUGUUGGACCUAAAAAAGAAAAACUUCAGCAAGCGGAGACGGACUACGCUGUGCAAAUGGAAAAACUUAACGAAAAAAGAGCUGAACUUUCUGGGGUAUUGAGUAAGCUUCAAACACUGAGGGAUGAACUUGCAGAAAAAACAAAAGAGAAAAAAGAAUUGGAAGAUAAUAUUGACUUGUGUUCUCAAAAACUAACCAGAGCUGAACAAUUAAUUAGUGGUCUUAGCGGAGAAAAAUACAGAUGGAGUCAAGCGGCUCUUGAAUUGCAAUCAACUCUAGAUAACGCAAUUGGAGAUGUAUUAUUAUCGGCAGGCGUUGUUGCUUACCUUGGUGCAUUUACUGUUGACUUUAGAAAUGCACUUAUUGAGAAAUGGAACCAAAGGUGUUUGGAAAUGAAUAUUCCGUGUUCGAAACAGUUUUCAUUAAUUCAUACAUUAGGAGAACCAAUGCUAAUUCGAGAAUGGAAUCUAUAUGGACUUCCAGCUGAUAAUUUUUCAGUUGAAAAUGGAAUCAUUGUAUUUAGUGGUACGAGGUGGCCUCUAAUGAUUGAUCCCCAAGGUCAGGCAAAUAAAUGGAUAAAAACUAUGGAAAAUAAAAACAAUAUUUCUAUAGUUAAACUGUCAAAUCCAAAUUAUAUAUUUUCCAUACAAUCAGCAAUCGAACAUGGUUUACCGGUUCUUUUAGAAAAUGUACAAGAAGACAUAGAUGCUACUCUCGACCCGGUACUACUCAGAAAUAUCUACAAACAAGAUGGAAUUGAUUACUUAAGAUUUGGCGAUAAUUUGUUGGAAUAUAAUCAUUCGUUUAGACUUUACAUCACAACACGACUUCGAAACCCUCAUUAUUUACCAGACAUUUCUGUUAAAGUAACAUUACUAAAUUUUAUGAUCACGAAACAAGGACUGCAAGAUCAAUUGUUAGGAAUUGUUGUAGCUAAAGAGCGACCUCAGUUAGAAGAAAAGAAAAAUGAAUUAAUUGUUGAAAGUGCUAAUAAUAAUAAGCUACUUAAAGAAAUUGAAGACAAGAUAUUAUACGUUCUCUCUUCAUCCGAGGGAAAUAUUUUGGAGGAUGAAUCAGCAAUAAAAGUUUUAUCUUCAUCAAAAUCACUAUCAGCUGAUAUUGAAUUGAAGCAAGAAAUUGCUAUUGUAACUGAAAAAGAAAUUGAUGUAGCUCGUGAUGUUUAUAUUCCUGUAUCUAGCCACUCUUCGGUUUUAUUUUUCUGUAUCACUGAUCUAAAUAAUAUCGAUCCAAUGUAUCAAUAUUCAUUAUCUUGGUUUAUUAACUUAUAUUAUCAGUCAAUCGUACAAAGUGAAAAAUCGAAUGAUAUUAACGAAAGAAUAUAUAUAUUGAAUGAUUAUUUCACUUAUAACAUUUACCGAAACAUCUGUAGGUCUUUAUUUCAAAAAGAUAAAUUAAUUUUUUCAUUUAUUUUAACAAUUGGAAUUUUUCGGUCUAAGGGUCUACUAGACGAUGAAUUAUUUACAUUCUUCCUUACCGAAGGAGCUAGGAUAACUAAUGAACAUCCCAAUCCAGCUUCUAAAUGGUUAAGUGAUAAAUCAUGGGCUGAAAUUGUUCAAGCAUCUCAAUUGCCAAGAUUAAAUCAGUUCUACAAAUCAAUUAUUGAUUCAAAUAAUGAAUGGAACAUAUGGUAUAAUUCGAAUAAUCCACAAGACACACCUUUUCCAGAGCCUUUUGAAAAUAUCGAUGGCAUUGAAAAACUUGUAAUUAUAAAGUGUAUUCGUUUCGAUAAAGUGGUUCCAGCUAUUCAACAAUAUAUUGUUAAUUAUAUGGGACACAAAUACGUCGAACCACCAUCAUUUGACUUAGCGGACUCAUAUAAAGACUCAACAUGUUGUAGUCCAUUGAUUUUUAUAUUGUCAACUGGAAUGGAUCCAAUGUCGAGUUUGAUAAAAUUUUCUGAAGACAAAAAAAUUAGUCCGACAGAUUUUAUAACCAUAUCACUUGGUCAAGGACAAGGUCCAUUAGCUGCUAAAAUGAUAAAAUCUGGAAUAGAAACAGGUAAAUGGGUUGUAUUACAAAACUGUCAUUUGGCUGUUAGUUGGAUGAAAGAACUCGAUCGCAUUUGUGAUGAAGAUAUUAUACCCAGUCGUACACAUCAAUCGUUCCGUCUCUGGCUUACAAGUUAUCCAUCUGAUGAUUUCCCUGUAUCUAUACUACAGAAUGGAAUUAAAAUGAUAAACGAAGCUCCAAAAAGUCUUAGUGAAAAUUUAUUGCGUUCAUAUACAACUAACCCCAUUAAUGAUCCAAAUUUCUACCUCAGUUGUAAGAACCAUUUAGGUUUGGAAAAAUUACUAUUUUCACUAUGUUUUUUCCAUGGAAUCAUUCAAGAACGUCGAAAGUUUGGAUCACUUGGUUGGAAUAUUCUCUAUCAAUUUAACGACUUGGAUUUUCAAAUCAGCGUGAUGCAGUUAACUAUGUUUUUAAACGAUUAUGAUGAAAUUCCAUACGAAGCAUUACUUUAUUUAAUUGGUGAAUGUAAUUAUGGUGGUCGAGUGACUGACGAUAAGGAUAGACGUUUAUUGACAUCUCUACUGUCAAUUUUUUUCAACUCAAAUGUUACUAAUAAAGAUCCAUAUACAUUUUCGGAGAGUGGGCUGUAUUAUAUACCCAAAGACACUUCUCUUAAUGGGUGUUUAGAAUAUAUUAAAUCUUUACCCAUGAAUGAACCGGAAGUAUUCGGACUCCACCAAAAUGCUGACAUAACAAAAAAUAACUAUGAAACUAAUUUGUUCCUAUAUGGUACCAUUUUAACUCAAUCUCAAAUCACUGUGGGUGGUGGCGAUGAAGACGGAGAUGCAAAAACGACAGAGCUAGCUUGUAACAUUGCGAAAAAUAUACCAGAUUUAUUUGACAUAACUGAAGCAACAAAAAAAUAUCCAAUAAAGUAUGAACAAUCGAUGAAUACUGUUCUACAACAGGAAUUGAUACGUUUCAACAAAUUAUUGUCAGUUAUACAAAAAUCAUUAGCGGAAGUACAAAAAGGUAUUAAAGGUAUAGUUGUCAUGUCUUCUGAUUUAGAAGAAUUACAUACAAGUCUAAUCAUUGGACGAGUACCGGCAAAUUGGAUUAAUUAUUCAUACCCGUCUUUGAAACCAUUAGGUGGUUAUGUAGCAGAUUUAUUGCAAAGACUAAGAUUCUUACAAGACUGGCUAGAUAAUGGCAUGCCAGAAGUAUUUUGGCUUUCUGGUUUUUAUUUUACACAGUCUUUCUUAUCGGGUGUGUUACAAAAUUUUUCACGUAAAAACAAAAUACCUAUAAAUAAACUUGGAUUUGAGUUUGAUGUAACUAUAUGUGAAUCGAAAAUUGAAUUGGUGAACAAUCCUGAAUGGGAAGUCUAUUAUCGGGACAAAUUGGAUAUUGAAAAAUUCAGCGUUUUUGUAAAGGGUUUAUUUUUAGAAGGAGCUAGAUGGGAUCGAGAAUUACAAAUAUUGAAUGAGUCUUAUCCAAGGAUUCUUUUCGAUACUCUUCCAAUAAUUUGUUUCAAACCAGGAAUUAAAUCGCAGUUUGAGAAGAAAUCGUAUUAUGACGCUCCAAUCUACAAGACGAGUGCUCGCCAAGGUGCUCUUUCGACUACAGGCCAUUCGACUAAUUUUGUGAUGUUUAUGGACUUCUUAAUUGAUCGACCAAAAGAUCAUUGGAUUAAACGAGGAACCGCAUGCUUGUGUCAAUUAGACAAUUAAAUACUUACAAAAUAAUUGUAUUAAUAUAUAUAUAUAUAUUUUUUUUUUGCUAUCCUAUAAAUUUUCUGGUCCAUCUUCAAAUGAUAACUUUUUAUUCCUUUGAAUUCUAUUGGUACAUCCCCAAGCACUGCUUUAAACAAUUUUUUAGAUACACAAGAAAAUGUGUCAUCAUAUAAUAAUUUUUAGUUUUAAAAGUUAAGACGUUGUUUGCUACUGCUAAAUAUAGAUAACAAUGUUCUGUAUCGUAAUCUUAAAAGUAGGUAAUUUCAUUUUUUUUCUAAUACCAAUUUAAGGUAACAAAUUUGAGGAAUAUAAGUACAUUCC